CGCAACAGCAGUGGCUGAAGGCUGCAGGUACAGCUGCAGGUAUCGCACAUUUCACGUUUGCCUGAGUAGAGAGGUGGGCUUAGUGAAACUCCGGUCGUCGCUCCGUCGAGGCCCAAGGAGUUCAGACAUCGCGAUGGGGUCACAGAUGGUGCUAACCACACUUUUCAGAGUUGGAGGACUCGGCGUGAGACAAAUGGGCUACCGGGUUGCCGAUGUUCAUUGCGACCAGCUAUGUCAGCGGCUGGUCAACCAGGCCGCUUUACGACGUCAUUUCUCCGCGCGUCACUCGUCUCUGCGGAAAGACGACGCCCUGGACUCAAAAUUGGAAAGCAGUCAAUCAUCCAAGAAGCCCCUGCUGGAGCCUGAUGACGAAACACGCUCAAUUUUGAAUGACAUUUGGCGCGAUUUCGAAUGCGUGCCGCCAAAGCCGAGCCCGGCCGAAGGAGGUAGCAGUGGCAGUAGUCCUGCGCCUGCUGCCGCACCGAAGGGAGACCUGCCAAAAGAAAGCCCAACAGAUGGCCCCCGAGUUCGCAGCCUGCUGCACUCUGCCAGAGCUAACGCCAAAAUGCUAUUUGCAGACGAAGACUCGUCGAUAAUCCUGGACUCUGCUGAGGAGCAAAUGUCUGAUGAUGUGGAUUACAUUCCUCAAAACAUCAAAGUUGAUCCACUGGAAGGCUUCAACUUGAAACGUGGUGAAACAGGUGUCUUUGAAGUUGAAGAGCUGGUUGACAUUCUACGAGAGGAAAAACUGUCUGACAUUGCUGUUAUCACAGUUCCAAAGGAGAUGGCUUAUGCAGACUACUUGGUUUUAGCAACAGCAAUAUCACCACGUCAAGCCCGAGGAGUGACCGAAUUUUUACGAAAAUUGUACAAGCGCAAGAAGGAUAGCACAGACCCAAACCUGGUUAUUGAGGGAGAAGAAAGUGCUGACUGGAAAGUGCUCGACAUGGGGAACGUGGUGUUGCAUGUAUUUUUGGCAGAAGCACGCAAACACUACGAUGUGGAAACCUUGUGGACUGUAGGGAGCCGCUAUGAUGAUCUUUCACACGCAAAGGAUGAUCCAGUCUACAACCUGUUGCAGCAGCAGAUUCAACUGAUGCAGGAGAUGCAACCCAAAGAUCUUAAUGAUCGCUGUGCUCUGCAAUCUUGAUUUACUUUGCAACAUUCGUGCAUCUGCUAUACUGUUAAGUCUGUUCACCUUGUUAUAAGUGCAACCUGUUAAUGUCAGUAUAAGUGUUUCAUACCAGUGUGGAAAUGUCUAGUGAAAAAUAGUUUGUUUGCACUGCACAUGUGUGAAGGGCUAACAAACCUGCUGGUGGAUACUGAAUAUGAAUAAGUGCUAUUUAAAUUGAACUAAGCAUUUUCUGAGCCUUUUGAGAUUUCAUGUUAUUCCUUGCCUCCCAUGUAAUUUUGCUACUGUGCAGCUUGCAGCAGUAUUGCCUAUUAGCACUUGUGACAAUGCAGGGCAGGCUAUUUAAUUUAUAUUAAGAGAAGCAACUGCUAAGUUUCAUAUCAGCCACGUCAUAGACCAUAUCAUUUAUCCAGGCGUACUUACCAUGCAUCUUAGUCAGCCCUCUAGUUUGCAUAUUUAAUUAACAGCAUGCUUCCAAGUGAAAGUACUUUAGCUUAAAUCUGGUUCAUUUUCUGAACCUCUGAAAGUGUAUUCUACAUAUUCCUAGUGUUAUGACCUAGGACAGCAACAGUUCUAGCAUUGAAUGUGUCAUUUUGGGUUGGCAGCUGAGAGGCUGUAUAAUCAGCCCAACCCAUUUUUAUAUUUUUCCACUGUGGUGCAAUUGAGGUACUGUUACAUAAAAUGAAUGGUUAUGACUGCAAGUUACUAUGCAUGCCAAGAUACUGCUGAAGACAUGCAUUGUAAAGGCACGUUCACACCGAGCGCAGAUCCGGAAAGUGGGGAGGCGGAUCCGGAAAGCGGACGCGGAUUAUCCGCAAAAGCGGAAAGCCCGCGGCCGCUUGCCCGGAUCGCUCCUGGACCAAUUUUCUCCGCGCAGAAAAGUUUGCCGCUUUGGCCGCAGCCAAUCAGGGCCCGAGACGCACGUGCGCAGUAUUGCAUAGUGCCGCAAAAUGGCGACGCGUCCACUGUGGAUUAGUGGAUUGCUCCACCCCCCGCGGUGGAGCGGGCAGAAGGCAACGCAGUCGGUCUAAACAGCCACGCGCUCUUGCUCUCUCUCCGCUUGCCCGCUUGUGUGCUCCGCGUUCAGUGUGUGCCUUAAUAGGGCAUGUAUGACAAGCAGCUGUUUGGUUAUGUACUAAUACAUUGUUAAACACAGGGUGAUGCCACUUGGAAGCAGGAGCUUUGGAUAACACAACAUUGCUGAUUUUUUUUAUAAAAGAGCCUAUUAGCAAUUCUGCUUAGUGCACACCAUGUCCACGUUAGUUGCAUUGAACUGAAUAUUACACAGUAUUUUGUAAUGAGUCUAUUACUGAAGUUCUGCAGUAAAAUUGUGCAGUGAAAGACAUUAGUUGCAGUGUUUUCACCAUGACUGUGCACACAAAUUGUAACAAACAUCUGCUUAUACAUACUGCACGUAGCACUCAUCAUAGGUAAUUACUGGCUGAAACUUCGGUGGCUACAGGUGUUGCCAGCCAAACUUACACAACAGCAUUCCUUAUAUUGCCUAAGUAUGAAAACUAUGCAAGUCUUUCUUCUUGCGUCAUUGCAUGAGUGCUACUUCUCAUCGCUGCAACACUUUUUGUCCCAAUGCUAUGCUGCACACAUUUUUGGACUGAUCGACAUUUAAAAAAAAUCUAUAUUGUGCACUAAAUGAGCUGUUAAUGUCGAGAUUGCUGCAGCAGCAGUCUCCUAUUAAAGUGAAGAGCAUAUUUUUGUCAAGG